AUCAUUGAAAAAUGUUGUAAUUCUCUUUGCAUUUAAUUUUGAACAACCCAAGAGAAUUGAAAAUGUAUCAUAUUUAAAACAGCAAUUCAACAUAUCCGACACCAGCCAUUACUUUUCUUUGGAUCUAACCACCAGAAAAUCAAUAUAGAAAAUAUAUAUACAAUAAUAAAUACUAAAACCCUUGGGCAGGUCUUUUCAUUUUUGUUUUUUCAAAUGGAAUAUAUCUCAGUGUUGCUCAUAUUCAAUGUUGUAUCACUCUUCCCAUUUAUGCAACUAAUUGCUUCCCGCAGUUCUGAUCGCUACUGCUUCAAUCCAUUUCUGCACCAACAUAAUGCCUCCUUGACAGAUUAUGUUAAAGAAUUGGCUAACGAGCCGGAGACGCUCAACUGGUUGAAGAAUAUAAGAAGAGAAAUUCACAAGAAUCCAGAACUUGCUUUCCAGGAAUUUAACACAAGCGCCCUUGUUAGGCUUGAAUUGGAGAAAAUGGGAGUUAGAUACCGGUGGCCGGUGGCACGUACCGGUGUGGUGGCCGCCAUUGGUACUGGUGCUCCUCCUUUUGUGGCUCUUAGGGCAGAUAUGGAUGCACUGCCCAUUCAGGAGAUGAGGGAGUGGGAGCACAAGAGCCAAAUAGAUGGCAAAAUGCACGCCUGUGGGCACGACGCACACGUAGCAAUGCUCCUAGGUGCUGCAAAAAUCUUACAAGAACUCAGCAACUAUUUACAUGGAACCGUAAUCCUGAUAUUUCAACCAGCUGAGGAAAAUGGAGAAGGAGCAAAAGAAAUGAUUAGAGAAGGCGUGCUAGAUAACGUUAGCGCGAUACUUGGACUGCACACGGUCCAUAAGUAUCCAAGUGGCACUGUAGCGUCUCGGCCUGGACAGUUUCUGGCUGGUUGUGGAAGCUUUAAAGCUGUGAUCAGAGGGAAGGGAGGGCACGCAGCUGCGCCACACAACUCCGUCGAUCCAAUUUUGGCUGCUUCAGUUUCUAUCAGUAGCUUGCAGAGUAUUGUUUCCAGGGAGUUGGACCCUAUGGAUUCUCAGGUGGUUUCCGUGACUACGGUUCGUGGGGGAAGUGGGUUCGAUGUCAUCCCUGAAUCAGCCACAAUUGCAGGUACUUUCAGGGCUUUUGGCAGAGAAAGCUUCUGUGCACUUAGGAAAAGAAUAGAAGAGGUCAUAGACGGGCAAGCGGCAGUCCACCGUUGCUUGGCCGACAUCGAAUUUGACGGGAAAGAUCAUCCCACCCUUCCCCCAACCAUAAACGAUGAGAGAAUAUACAAACAUGUGGAACAAGUGUCCAGGAUGGUUGUCGGAGAAGAAACAACUUUAUUAGCUCCUCAUUUCAUGGGAAGUGAAGAUUUUGCAGUUUACAUGGAAAGAGUUGCAGGGACGUUUUUGCUGCUGGGAGUGAGGAACGAGAAGGUUGGAUCAGUUUAUCCACCUCAUAGUCCUUAUUACACCAUUGACGAGGAUGUGCUUCCUAUUGGAGCAACAAUCCAUGCCACAUUUGCGUUUUCUUACCUACUCACUUUCCAUGAUCACUGCCGCUUAUUGUAAUUCCAAAUAAAUAAAUAAAUAAUUCAAUUUAGAAACA